AAAGAAUGCAGUUGGAAUUUGUGUUCACAGCUCUUCAUUUUAGGAAGAAAAGAUGAAAGGAUACCUCUCUAGUUUUGCAAGCAUCAUAGAAUACCAAAAGAUAAAGUUUGGGAGUUUCCACUAAUAUAAAAUGUCUUCACUUUUGAAGUGGUUCAGAUUGCACUGUAUUGCCAUUACUGUAUACCAAACCAGCUGACACUGUUGCACUGAGCCCACCUAUAAAACACAAUAAAGUUCAGAAUGAGGAGACUGCAGAGAAUGUCACCACUUGUUAUUCAAUCCUGUAUGCAAAGCCAGGUCUUCAUUCUAAAGUUUGAAGUAUCGAGACAGUAACUAUUGUGUUCAGGAGAAUGCAGACCCAGAGAAAACUUCCUUCUUCUGAAUCACUGAUAGUGUGCUUUGCUCUCUGUUUUGUUUUAGAGUAAGCGAAAAGAAGAGUGUAAUGAUCCGUUAAGUCUCACGAUGAGAAAUGCAGCAAUGCUACACUGUGGAAAAAGGCAAAUCGGGGUUGUUCUUGCAUGCAUUCUUAUUUUUGCAAGCCUUUUCAUCUGCUACUAUAAAGAUCUCCAGCUACACAAUAACAUAACAAGAAAAAUCUUCCCCCAGGCAGCUACAACAACAGCUACAACAAAAGCAACAACAACAGCCCGUCCAGUGACUGAGCUCUGUAGGGGAAAACCUGCUCAGAACGCAAUAACACCGUUAGAAGAUAACAGAACUUUCAUUAUAACCCCUUACUUCGAUGACAGAGAAAGAAAACUCACUCGUGUGAUUGGGAUUGUUCACCACGAGGAUGUAAAAGAACUGUACUGCUGGUUCUGCUGCCGUCCCAAUGGGAAAAUCUACGUGUCCAGAGCAGAUAUUGAUGUUCACACAGACAGGUUUGAAUUCCCUUAUGGUGCAGCAGAUAUAAUUUGCUUGGAACCCGAAAACUGUGAUCCGACACAUGUCUCCAUUCACCAGUCCCCACGUGGGGAUAUUGACCAGCUGCCAAGGUUUGAAAUUAAAAACCGGAAGGCUGAGCCCUUCCCUGUGGACUUCACUGUGUGCAUCUCCACCAUGUUUGGAAACUACAACAAUGUCUUGCAGUUCAUCCAGAGCAUGGAAAUGUACAGGAUUCUUGGGGCACAGAAGGUGAUGAUCUAUAAGAACAACUGCAGCCACCUGAUGGAGAAAGUCUUGAAGUUUUAUAUGGAAGAGGGAAUUGUUGAGAUAAUUCCUUGGCCAAUAGACUCGCACCUCAAGGUGUCUAUUAAGUGGCAUCAUUCCCUAGAUGACAAAGAUAUUGGCUACUAUGGACAAAUCACAGCUCUGAAUGACUGUGUGUACCGUAACAUGUGGAGGAGCAAGUUUGUUCUUCUUAAUGAUGCUGACGAAAUAAUUCUUCCCCUUAAGCACCCAGACUGGAAAACAAUGAUGCAAAGCCUUCAGCAGCAAAACCCAGGGGCUGGUGUUUUCCUCUUUGAGAACCACAUCUUCCCCAAAACUGUGUCUACUCCUGUGUUCAACAUUUCAUCCUGGAAUGCUGUGCCAGGAGUGAACAUACUACAGCAUGUUCACAGAGAGCCUGACAGGAAAACAGUUUUUAAUCCUAGGAAAAUGAUAGUUGAUCCACAAAAAGUGAUUCAGACUUCAGUCCACUCUGUCCUACAUGCUUAUGGCAAAAGUGUUUAUAUUCCCAUGGAUUUUGCCCUCAUUUAUCACUGUCGAGAGCCUCUUCAAGCAAGCCUUCCCAGAGACUCCCUCAUCAGGGAUACAACACUGUGGAUAUACAACUCCUCAUUGAUCAUGAAUGUUAACAAGGUGCUGCACCAAACUGUGCUGUAAGCUCAUGGAAGGGAAGGUGGAGAGCCAGUGUAUGGUGGGGAAGCAGAGGAUGCCCUUUAGAAGUCAUACAAAGUUUACAUUUUGAAGAGAUUUAGAGGAGCAUCCCUUUUGUACUGUACAAAGAUAAAUGCAUUGGAUUUUAAACUUAAUAAAGGCAGCCAGGGAAUGGA